AUGAUGAAAGGUGACUCCAUCUUUCCACCAGGGACUAAGAUCCUGGUAACUGGUGCCAAUGGAUACAUUGCCUCUCACGUCAUCUCCAUCUUGCUGGACCUCGGAUUGCAUGUUCGCGGGACGGUUCGCACGUCAAAGCCCUGGUUGGAGGCGUAUUUCCAACGCCCCGACAAGCCGGAUAUCUUCGAGACAGUUGUGGUACCGGAUCUAGUGGCCCCCGAUGCUCUGGAUCUGGUGCUAGAAGGGAUAUCGGGCAUCGUGCAUCUAGCCAACCACAUGUCCUUCACGGCUAACCCGCACGCCAUCUCCCGGGCCCAAGACAUGAAUGUGAAUAUCCUGGAAACGGCGAAGAAUCACAAGACUGUGCGGCGGGUUGUGCUAACCUCGUCCUCGUGCGCUGCGUUCUACCCUACGGUGAACGGGUUGGCUACGGUGGAUCAUGAUUCGUGGAAUGAAUACGCCGUGCAGACCGCAUUACAUCAGUCCUGCCCUCCCGAGAUGCUGGCUUUCAUUGUGCACGGGGCAUGCAAAGUGCAGGCUGAGCGAGAGUCAUGGAAGUGGAUGGAGCAAAAUCACCACCCGUUUGUCCUGAACACGGUUCUCCCCUACUGGACGGUUGGAAUGACCCCCUGGCCUACGCGUGUUUGUCUGCUAAUCGGCGUCUCCUUGCAGCUGGGGAAAAUCCUGCACCCCCAAAUCGGCGGAUCGAGUAUGAGCUGGAUGAAGGGCAUUCUUCAGGGUGACACUUCAGCGUUUCAACUUCCCCCUCAGUGGUUUGUCGAUGUCGAAGACGUGGCACGCCUCCAUGUGGUUGCUCUCCUUAGUGACCAGGUACAGGCUGAGAGACUGUUUGCCUUUGCCUCGCCCUUCACCUGGGCCGACAUUGUUCACCUGCUGCGAAAACUGCAGCCAGACAACCCGCUCAUCCCGGCGCCUCCCAAGAACGCCGAACGUAUCUGGAACAAUAUUCCGCCCGUGGCCCGAGCGGAGGGUCUUCUGCAGGAUGCGUUCGGGAGAGCAGGAUGGACGUCUCUGGAGGAAAGUCUGGCAGCCGGAGUGCGAAGCUUGGCAUAA